AUGGGAGGUGUUGUUUCUGUAUCCGAAAAAAGUAGUGUCUGCAAAGAUAGAAUUAAGUUAGCAAUAUUGGCUAGACAACAGCAGGAGGCGUUUGCAAAAGCACAAAAAAAUUACCAUAAGUUGCAGGAUAAGAUGGGAACAACCUUCUAUGAAUUUGUAAGCAUAUAUUGUUCACUUCCAAUACAUGUUACCAUACAUGAUAAGGAAAAAAAAGAUCAUGACGAGAAAGAUUCAAGUAUAGUGACAGAGCAAGCAGAGACUCCUAAGGAUGAAGGACAUCAUGACGAAAAAGAUUCAAGUAUAACAACGGAGAAAGCGGAGACUUGUAAGAAUGAAGAUUUAAAGACAACGAAAGAGAAACCAGGGAGGGGUAAUAAGAAACAAAAUACAAAGAUGGUGGCAAAGAAAGCAGAAACUAGUGCUAAGAAGGAAGAUAAUAAUGUGGGGCAUCGCCCCGAGGCUCUUGAAAAUACAAAGAUGGUGGCAGAGAAAGCAGAAACUAGUGCUAAGAAGGAAGAUAAUAUUGUGGGGCAUAGUCCUGAGGCUCCUGAAAAGAUAAGGUUGUCGGAAGCUCUGAGAAAACUCAAAAAAGUUGUUCAUCAGUUCGAAGACGUAGACAAGUCUGGCAGUGACGUUUGCAAAUUACUUGAGACCAAUGAAAUUGUUAAAGAACACAAGUCGACAUUCCCGUGGAGUCGCUCUACUACAAGUAAAAUUGUAUCAAGGAGUCGCUCCUCUAAAGUUGGUGAUGAUUACGAGGAGAAAGCUAAAGCCGCGAAGCUCUCUUCAACAUUACAGAACUUAUAUUUUAGGGAAGAGCACCUCUCUAGAUUGGUAGAGAUAGUCGAAGAUGUGAAGAAAAAGGGAGAAACAACACAAGUUUCUGAAGAAAGCGCCGUAGAAGCUCUCAACAAAAUCAGAAAAUUUAGAGACGAUGAGCUACGACCUCAACUUUCUAAUCUCCUAGAAGGUCUGCAGAAAAUUUGGACGAAUAUGUCAAAGUACCAUCGAAAGCAAAACGAGAUCAUGUCCGAAAAAUCUCUCUAUCAGCCUCAUGAAAUGUGUUGUGAUGCCUUACACUCGAUUGCUACAAAGGAACUUCAAACCCAACUUCAAAAUUGGUUCACCGCCUUUACUUCCUAUAUUUCUUCACAAAAGGCCUACAUUAAAUCUCUCCACGAUUUGAGUAAACAUUCAGUUCCGUCAUUUUUUGAAAAGGAAGUCAACGAUAAUGGGUGCACAAAACUGCUCGGAGAUUGGUUAACUUGUUUGGAAAAACUGGAGGACAAGGAAGUGAGUAAAGCAAUAAGUGAGUGUAACAAAGAAGUAAAAAAGCUUAAGGACCAACAAAAGAAAGAGCGAGAAUGCAAGAGCAAAGUUGAGAAACUCAAUGAGGAUAUCUGCAAACUAGUGAAGCAAACAGAAACGUCCAGUACUAAGAAGAAGAAGAAGAAAGAGACGGAGUUGAAUAGAUUGACAAAUGCGCUAAAGAAUGAGGAAAGGGCCUAUCAAACUAGUAAGACGAACACACAAAAGAUUGCUAUAAACGUGAUUCAGGAGAGGUUUGCAUCAGUUUUCAAAUCGCUGGCCGAGUUUACAACCAAAGCUGCUAAAGAGUAUGCCGAGGUUGCAAAGAAUCAUAAUAUUAAUUGCAGUGAUUAG